GUCGGAGUGUAAAUGGUCGUGGCGGGAUUCCAUGACUCGUUUUAUGACUGUAAUACUGAAAUGACGACGCAUAUUCGACCAUAAAACAUAUUUUCCCUUUGUCAUUCGAUGACAACACGUCGCUGAAGCGCACUGUUAAACGUGUUAAACCUAAAGGAACUGGCAGUGAAUGCCUCAAACAUGAGAGUUUGCUUCUAACCUGUUACAGUGUGUUCUUAAUAAACCGAAUGCGUGGUGUAUAUUACGCGAACCUUACUUACAAAGAAGUACCUUUUUGGCGUCAUAAAACGAUGGGUGACGUUGCCAUAUGUCGAGCUAUAAAGGGGUGAUUUUUAUUGUUUUUUUUUUGAAGUAUCUGUUUUAAGUUGGAGGUGAAUAUGUAUCUAGAAUAUAUGUGUCUAGAAUAUAUAUCUAAAAAUGACUGGACAUUGUAAAAUUGCAUCAAAACCUGGAUAUGUAGGAGGUGACGAGGUUAUGAUGGAAACCGAAGCAAAGCCAAAAGGAGCGGAGUUUGCCGAGAGCAUCCACAAGAAGACGCUGUCGGAUCCAGGUGACGCCACAACUCAGGACUCUAAGUUAAGCAAUGGAGACGAGGCGCAGGACAAGCAGGAGACGGUGGACUUGAAGAUUAUCUGGAACAAGAAUAAGUACGACCUGAAAAUUCCGGUUAACAGCACCGGAGCGCAGCUAAAGGAGCAGAUCCAUUCUCUCACUGGUCUUCCACCGGCAAUGCAGAAAGUGAUGUACAAAGGUUUACUUCCAGAGGACAAGAUGCUGCGUGACAUUAAAAUAACAAGCGGGGCGAAAAUCAUGGUGGUAGGUUCGACAAUAAAUGACGUUUUAGCAGUAAACACCCCCAAAGAGGUCAUUCAGCAGGAGGUGAAGGCCGAAGAAAACAAGAAGGAGCCUUUAUGCAGACAAAAGCAACACAGGAAAGUUUUAGACAAAGGUAAACCGGAUGAUAUAAUGCCAGCUAUUAAAGGAGCAAAGGAGCGAUUACCGACAGUGCCUUUAUCCGGAAUGUUCAACAAGUCCGGAGGAAAAGUUAGACUCACAUUUAAACUGGAACAGGAUCAACUGUGGAUCGGAACAAAGGAGAGAACAGAGAAGGUCCCAAUGGGCUCCAUCAAAAAUGUUGUGUCUGAACCCAUCGAGGAUCACGAGGACUAUCACAUGAUGGCCUUUCAGUUGGGUCCGACUGAAGCGUCUCAAUACUGGGUCUACUGGGUGCCUGUUCAGUUUGUCGAUGCAAUCAAAGACACAGUGCUGGGGAAAUGGCAGUAUUUCUAAUGUGCCUCUUUUUUUGUGACAACGAUGAACUGGGAUGUAGCGGUGGAGCCACAGAAGAAAGGCUUAAAGGAACUUCUCAGAUUAUGGUGGAAGAAGAUGGACUGACGCCUGUGGACUAAUAGUAUUGUUUUUAAGGUUCAAAGUGCACUAAGUGGCAGCGUACCAUGUCUCAGCCCUGACCAUCCAAGGUUUUCAGCCAAUCCAAGUGAAAAAUAUGAAACAAUUGUACAGAAAUUGCUAACAUUUUUCCUCAGUUAUUCUUAAAGAAAUAAAACUUAUUUAAUGAAACAGAUACUGAG